UGUUCUUUGACUCAGUCUUUGCUCGCCACAUCUCAUUCCAAUGACGUCCGCUCAGCUCCAUGGCGUCGCUGCCAGAGUUCACCAAAGCAGAGCUUUAUGAAAAGCCCUUCCCCUGGACGAUCAUCGGCGGUCAGGUCUAUGCGAUCGGCUCCUUUCUUCACUCCCAUCCGGGUGGUCUUCUCAUUCGCCGGGCCAUCGGCGAGGAGGCCACUGAGCUUUUUCUCUCCCACCAUUCGCCCUUCAGCGUGGCGGGGCAGACCUUGGAAGGCUUUAAGAUUGGCACCUUGGCAAAGCACCAGGUGACCAGCGUGCAAGAGCUUUGGAGCCGUCGGCCGCUCCAGCGGGUCUUUUGGCGCGACUUGUUGGAUGCUCAGGUCCCCUUGCUCUCGCAGAACUUCAAGGCGGAAGUGGUGGCGGUGCUCAUGCUGAUCCUCUUCUUCAGCUGGUGCUAUUGUUCCUAUGUGCUUGGCUGCUGGCGUCUCAACAUCGCCUUGAGCUGGUUCUGGUGGCGCCACUUGGAUGCUGGCCUCCAUGCGGUCAUGCACGGGGACUUCCGCACCCGCCACGACAUCCAAGCAGGCCUCUUCUGGAUCUACAGCUUGCUUUCGCAUCGGGCCAUGGAGUACUACUAUGGCGCUCGCGAGCUCAAGGGCAACGGAAUGAGCAAACACUGGUGGCAUCACAUCUAUCCCAACGAUCCAGGACGUGAUCCCGACUGGAGCACCAUGACAGGAGUGGCUUGGGUCCGGCGGCAUACGAGCGCCCAAUGGCAUCCUUGCCACCAGUGGCAGUGCUGGUACUGGCUGCCAGUCUCCAUGUUCUUGGAACCCCUUUUUGAACUCAUUCAGGUAGCCUGUGCACUGCUUGAGGCCGUGGCCUCCUUGUUGGAGCCGCCCAUGAACGGCCCCUACGUCUCGCGCUGGGCACAUGUGCUCGGCUUCCUUUGCGAGGUCCUCUUCAACCCGGGCUUUCAACUCGUCGCCUUUGGGGUGCAACCCUUUUGGAAGGCGUUGGGCGUGCUACUCUUGGCCCGCGCGACCAGCCGCUUGCUGCUGUACCCCUUCUCUGAGGUGCAGCACUACAUGCCAGAGCACAUCCUCAACCGCGAGGCCGCAGACGACUCCGCCGAGUGGGUGAUCGGACAGCUCCUCUGCACGGCGAACUUGGAGUUUCGGAACCGCUGGGCUUGGCUGAUGGACUUCCUGAUGUUCCAUGGGGACAGUCACCAGAUUGAGCACCAUUUGUGGCCUGCUAUGAGCUUCGUGCAGUACACAAAGGCCUCACAGGUGGUGAGGGCCACCUGUGCUCGCCUGCGGCUGUCCGGUUCACGGCGAGCUGGCGCUCGUGUGAAGUCCCGUGGUGCCCACUGCCAUACUACACAGUUGGCUACUUCGAGGGCUACCAGAAGAUUUGUGAACAGGUGAAGGAACACCGAAAACCGCCGCCCAGGCCGAAGCGGCCACGGUCCCCCGGUGAGGAGCCGUCGCCUUCAGAGUCCUCGUCCACUCGCACUCGCCGCAGAACGCGCGGUUCGUGACGCGUCCGGUGCGUCCAGGGGCAGAGAGCGACCCCGAAGGGACCAACUGGAUCCCAAACGAAGCAGAUUGAGACACGGAGCGCGCACUUGCAGAAAACAAGCAGC